AUGGGGAAGACCUCAUGGGGGAAAGAGCAUGAAGAUGAGCUGCGCAUCAGAAUGAGGAAACCCCAGAUAAGGUGUACCAAUGGUCCUGUCGACAGCCAGCGAUAUUUUCACAGGUACCAGAUCAAGAUGCUUAAGGCUUGGACCAUCCUUCUCCUUUGUGGCCUCCUGCCUUUCACCCAGGCUGUUGCUGAAAAUGUCUUAUCGGUGGCACAGCUAGAUAAGUCUGUCCUGGAAAAUGUAAUCUCAGAUUCGCUGGCCAAAGGCAACGUGCUCCAGGGACUCUUGGGAGGAUUGCUUGGUGGAGGCCUACUUGGAGGUGUCCUGGCAGGCCAAGGAGGAGGAAAUGGAGAUCUUGUAGGAGGCUUGACUGGAGCUGCCCUGGGAGGCCAAGGAGGUCCUCUUGAUGGUGUUGUAGGAGGCCAAGGCGGAGGUCUUCUUGGAGGUGUUCUGGGAGGCCAAGGAGGUCCUCUUGAUGGUGUUGUAGGAGGCCAAGCCAGAGGUCUUCUUGGAGGUGUUCUGGGAGGCCAAAGAGGUUUCCUUGGCAAUGUCUUUGGAGGUGAAGGUCUCCUAGGUUUGAAGAUUGUGGACAUCGUCCUUCCUAAAGUCUCACUGAAAUUGCUGAAAGGUGUUGGCAUCGAACUGAACCUCUAUACCAAAGUGGCCGUCAGGGGCAACACGAUUUUGAGUGGGCUGCUGAAUCUUCUGGUGGAAGUGAACAUCACAGCAAAUGCCCGACUGGUACAGGACAGGUCAGGAGCUCACAUCCUUGUGGUGGAGAAUUGCAAGACCAAUCUGGGUGGCAUUAAGAUCUUGUCUGGGAUCCUUCCGCUAAACUUGGACAAUGCCCUAACUACUCUCCUGAACAAUGUCAUCCCUGGAGUGCUGUGUCCAGUCAUAGACCUCGUGCUGAAUGUGGUGAACACCCUUCUUAGCACAGUCAACAGUGUCCUCCCAUUUGGCAUGUUAGGAAAACUGCAUUAUACUCUGGCUGGGCUGCCAUUGUUCAAUGACCAACACAUCAUACUGAACCUGAACCUCAUGGUGACUGAUCAUGAAGGCAACGCCACCAACCUUGCCCCAGCCCAGCUGCCUUCUCUGCCUCCGGCUGUGGACAACACCUCCCAGUUGCUUCUCCCUGGUGACCUCCUUUCCUCUUUGCUCCAGCUGCUGGUCACAACAGGAGGGCUCAAUGCAGACAUCACUGACCAAGUGCUCCAAGGAUCGGUCCCACUGACAACAUCUUCCCUUCAGUCUAUGCUACCAGAGUUGUCUCGGCUGUUACCAGCAGACCUGCCCCUGGUGGUCAAAAUUAGAAUUAGCGAUGUCCCAGCAGUGUCUCUGCAAAAAGGGAAUGUCACUGUGACGCUUGCUGCUGCCAUCGAAGUGUUGGCUCGCACAGGCUCUGGCCUUAAGCCUCUCCUUGGGAUGAAUGCGCAUAUCGGCUUGAGAGGAGCUGUCACCAUUACAGGAACAAAGCUGGCCAUCUCCUUAUCUCUUCAGAGUGUCGUCCUCAACAUCUCUUCUUCACAAAUUGGCUCCUUUGAUAUGGAUCUCCUCAAAAACUGGAUCACAAACAUUCUUAGAAUUGGAUACCUGCCAGUGAUCAAUGGUGCCCUGGAUGUAGGAAUCCCGCUCCCUAACCUCUUCAACUUGAACUUUGCUGAGGGGGUUGCCAAUGUUGUUGAUACUGCGUUUGUGGCAAAUGUGAUACCGAAACUUCUCUAGAGGAGGCCCGGAGAAUCCUCCUGACUUCCUGCUGUUCCCACUGACAUCUUGGCCCACAUCUUUGACUACAACCAACUUCAGCUUCUCAUUAAGCGGCAGACCUGCCUUCAGUACAGCCCAAAUGAUGCUUCAGCUGGUUCCGCUUUUGCAAGGGCUCUUCCACCUCUAGGACUGGAAACAUCUUCUGUACCA